AUGUCAUGUCAACCACUACCGCCAUCGCAACGCCACGAUCAGUCCAUCGUCAACAAUGUCGAUGACAGCGACUACGGAUCCGAUUUCAGCGCCGACGAAACAGAGCUGGUGAACCAGUUACUCGCCAAAGCUGACGUGCCCGUGCCACUGCCUGUGGUGAUACCCGCGCCACUCGGUCCAUUCGCACCGCAACAACAGCUUAGCCCGACGCGACAGAUUCAAACUCAGGUUCCUGCGGUAAUAGUGAGGGACGUUGAAGACUGCGACGAGGAUGUAUCGAACGGUCGGAAGCCGAGGGUGCUGGGGAAGGAGAAGCCUCCCUGGCAGGUCAGAAGGGCUGGAAAUGGUGCGCUUUCGGACGCGGGUGCAAACAAGACGGGUUGGAGUCCAGUCUUUGGGGGGGCCGCGAUUGUUGAGCAUCCGAAUUCCACUGAAGGGCGAGAGAAGCAGCGCGAGAGGGAUGCAGCCCGUGGGCAGGAUCGAACCGGCGAUGUGAAAUCCGCGCCAGAUACUCGUUCCCCUGUCGAGCGCUUUAGACGUCCGCCUAACAAGGCUUUCUCCGUUACUGAUCUUGUCUCGCCUGCUUGGUGCGAAGUACAGUACUGGUAUAGCCUGACGAAACAUGGCAGGAAGCGGAGGACACCGGCGAUGAAACGGGGAUCCACCAUGCACAAGUCGCUGGAGGAUGAAAUCUAUACCACCGUGCCGAUAGAGAUUACAACCAAAGAAGAUGCCUUGGCGCUGCGGAUCUGGAAUAUCAUACAAGGGCUGCGGACCUUGCGAGAAUUUGGUAUUACUCGGGAGCUGGAGAUAUGGGGCCUCGUGGAGGGUGAGCUGGUCAACGGUGUUAUUGAUCAGCUUUCUUACGAGUGUCCUGAUCUCGAGCUGGAGGCUUCGGCAGCGUCUCACUAUGCAGAGGUGGCGGCGUCGAGAGCAGUUAUGCCUGAGUACCAAAUGUCCCUCAACGACUACCUCUUGGCUCCUGCGCAGGGGGGGAAAACACUUGCGGAUAUGUCAAGUCACGAGGUGCAACCUCAAGCUAUGGAGGAUCCGAUCAGCAGCCAGUCUUCCUCUGAGCUCCAGCACCUGCCUCGUAUAUACCUGACAGACAUCAAGACUCGCGCGAGUAGUUCGACACCGACAGUUAAGAGCUCCUCGUUUCGACCGACAAUGCUCCAACUGCAGCUUUAUUACCAUAUGCUCAACCGUCUUGUCCUAAGCGAUGACGUUACUAUUGAUCUCCUUGCUUCGCAGUACAGCCUCGACGCGAAGAAAGUCUUCAGCGACGCCUUUAUCGCCGAGGUCGGCUCAUUGAAUGACAGAUUUUUCGAUGCUCUAUCCUCGAUGGAAUUCGACCCGGAUUACAUCCCUACUCCCGAAGAUGCAAUCACUCGACACGAGUCAUCACAGGAAUCAGACGACACAGAACCGAGGCAGUGGGCACCAUCUGGAAGCCAGGACUCUACUAGUGUUCUCCUGGCCCAUAACAACCUAACCACACUCUGGAAACUAAUGAAAGACCAACUACGCUAUACCUUCAUCCCGCAAACUCUAAAAUCCAUUGCGGUUGCUCCCUCAAUUCCAUCCGAGUUCCAACCUCCCAUGCUCGAGGCCUACCCAACCAUCCUCUCUCCGCUCCUAACAGCCCGCUAUCUAUCCUCUGCACCGAACGCCGACCUCCACUCCCGUGUCCUCGGUAGUCGAUCGUUCCUUUUCGACCCGACCUCCUUGGACUCGUAUGUAUCUGACCAGAUGAACUGGUGGCGAGGUCAGCGAACUCCGCGCGGCGUCGAGGUUAUGGAGGCUUGGAAAUGCCGUAUUUGCGAGUUUCAAGACGAAUGCGAGUGGCGCCAGGAGAGGGAGUGGGCAUAUGCAAGGAGAAAGAGGGGGCAAACGUCAUUAGAUGCUGCUGCGUGA